AUGUCUGUGAAGACAUGUAGAUACAAAAAUAUUUUUUCUGUUUUCUUUUCCUUGAACCAAAUGAAUGUAUUUAAUACCUGAACUUAUUUAACUGAAUGGAAAUUAAUUUCUCUCCCAAAUAAGAGGGCAGAAGGAAAUUAGAUAUUUCAUCUAUUAUUGAGUACAUUUUGUUUUUCCAACCAUGAAAGAACGACACUUGACAGGCUAAUGUUGUAUGCUUCAUUCAGAUUGUGCUUGAAUUAAUUGAGCUUCGUGAACUUGGUGCUGCCAGAUCAUUACUUCGUCAGACAGAUCCAAUGAUUAUGUUAAAGUCGCAACAACCUGAUAGAUACCUACAUUUGGAAAACUUACUGGCAAGAUCUUAUUUUGAUCCAAGGGAGGUGAGUGGCCAUGAAUGUUAUUGUGGAAUUUAUAGCUACGGAUAGGUGAAUGUGACUACCACAGUUCGCUGCAAGGCCAUUGUCAAGGAACUGGAAAUGUAAAGAUUUAGUUCAUUUAAGUUGUGCUGUUUUUCUCGCAGGCAUACCCUAAGGGAAGUAGUAAAGAACGAAGAAGAGCCGCAAUUGCCCAAGGUAUUGCCUUAGAAAGUUACUAGGAAAUUAAUCCGUAGAAACCGAUAAUCUGCAACUUUCAGGCAGAUCGGUUAUCGGCUAAUCACAUUGAUAAAUAUUACCAUGUACCGGCCGUCCAAUAAAUAUAAUUCUGGCUUUUACUUGUGAUAUUUACUCUUCUGUGUCAAGAAAAACUAUGUGGGUUUGUCAAACAGAUUCUCUUUCAUAAAGGAACUGUCAGAUCUACUUACGCUGUUAGUCAUUUACCAGGAUACUUUUCCGAAAUAAAUUGAUUACCGCUGUUAGUUGAGUCAAUCUCUUCCUCGACUAUCGUAACGACAUUUCGGGUCUCUGUAAAGAACGGAAACCGAAACGACCGAAUCCGGAAAUGACCGAAAGCGGAAACGACCGAAACCGGAAAUUCCCGCCUAAAUUUCCCGCAUAACGAAUAAUUAUAUUGUUGACGCUCGAUCGCUGGCAUUUAGAUAAAUAUCGUCCAAAAGUAAGGUUGUAUACUAUUUAACUGCUGACAAUUUUGUAAAUUAUUUAAUAAUCUUACUGCAUAUUAUUAACUUUCUGAACAAUGCCGGUUCAUGCCGGUUUUGUUUAAUUUAAUAAAAACGAUAUUGCAUUCACUUUCUCAUUUGACAUACGAUACAGCUUCCACUAAAAUGGCACGCUCUUGAUUUUGAAAAUAUUACUGAAUACAUCCUCAUUUAUCUGACUGCAUUUUAAUAGCUUCAAAUAUUCAGAACAUUGUUCUUUCAAUCACAAGCAGUACAAGUAUUAUUGCAUUCAAUGGUAGUAUUUUAUUUGACUUUUAAUUUGUAUGUGUAUUGAUUAACUAGUAAUGUAUUACCUGCAGCCUAUAUUUAAUAUAUUGUGCGGCUUGGUAAUGCUUCGUAUUGUUAUAUACAUUUCUUUAUCCUGCUGAUGAUUGAAAUAUUGUCGAAACGUUGGUAAAUAUAAAAAUGUUAUCGAUCUUUGGAGUUUACACACUUCUUUUAUACAUUUCGUCCUACAUUUCACGCCCUGCGUCAAUUUGAUAGUUGACAGUCUUUAUUAUAAGGGAAGAAUGAAUAAAACGCAUGGUUCAGUGCAGGCUCACAUUUCUACCAGUAAGCCUGCUAGCAGGCUGAAUUUUAGGCAAUGCAGGAAAUUGGGCGGGAAUUUCCAGUUUCGGUCGUUUCCGGUUUCGGUCGUUUCCGGAUUCGGUCGUUUCGGUUUCCGUUCUUUACAGAGACCCCGACAUUUCUGUUACUGGCCUGUUAACUUUUGUUAGUAAUAUUUUGCUAGCAUUUUGCCCCAAUUUUGAGUGUUGGAAAUUCCUGUUAACAAAUAUCAGUAACCACAGAUAAAUCGGUUUCCUUUACUUCCCAGCUUUAUCCGGUGAGGUGUCGGUGGUUCCACCAUCUCGCUUGCUAGCUCCGCUUGGUCAGGCAUUGAAAUGGCAACAGUAUCAAGGACUACUACCUCCUGGUACUUCCAUUGAUAUGUUCCGAGGCAAGGCAGCUGUACGCGACGAGGAAGAGGAAAAAUAUCCAACACAUCUCAAUAAAACUGUCAAGGUAAUUAUAGAUUUGACAAAUUUAAAAUUGAUUAUGCAUAUGACCAAUGUUAAAUUGGUUACAGAUAUGACCGAUUUUUAUUGGUUAUUUUGGGUCAUUCAACAUUGAGUGACCAAAAGAAAUUAAAUUUACCAUUUGAAGAUGCAACCAAUUAUGUAUUGGUCGGAAUGACCAAUACUGAAUUGGACAUUUUAACCAAUUUGUUUUUAUUGUGUAUGCCGUAUUUUUGUUUUGUAAGGUUAUGGACAGGGUGCAAUAAUACACCCUUCCGGAAAGGACCCCCCACUCAUUUGGGUACAGUACACCACUGAUCUUGUGAACAUUUAUAGAAUAUUUCUCUAUACAUAAAUGUCCUAGUUUGGUUCGAAAUCCCAUCCAGAAUGUGGUUUGUUCUCGCCCGAUGGACAGUACUUGGUGACUGGUAGUGUCGACGGUUUUAUCGAGGUCUGGAAUUUUACGACGGGAAAAAUAAGAAAAGACUUGAAAUAUCAAGCACAGGUAGGUCCAGGGUAAAUGAACACAUAAUAGAGAGUUUAAGCUUCGCGUUAUACGGCAAACGGCAAACGCCAGGCAAAGAAAAAUUUUACGGUAUCAGGCAAUAAAGAGUAAAUGAACUUGCUGUUUUAAAACUGCAAUGCAUGAUUAUUCUUUCGACACAAGAAAGAAAAUAUGAAACGAAAACGUUCAACGAAAAUUUUGCCAAGAAAGCUCGAACAUGCCGUUUGCCGUUCCCGGAAACGUGAAGCUUAAACUCCCUAAUAUGUUACAGUGCGUCUACAGUAAGUGGGGCCACUUAGAGAGCACUAACCAAUCACAUUGCAGAACAAAAAUUGAAAAAAUCAACAAGCGGCGCAUUAGCCAAUCAGCAUUAGGCCAAAAACAAUUUGAACAAAUAAACGAAUGUCAAACGGUAAAAAUAGACUUGUAAAAGUAAACACUGCAGUUAAUGGCUUCCUGAAUCUUUCUUUUGAUUGGACGAGCUUUAGUUUGAUUAGAUUUUUCUUUUUGUUUUGCAAUGCAAUUGGUUAGUGUUCCCUAAGUGACCCCACUUACUGUAGACGCACUGUAAACCGAUAUUACUGCAAAUUGGAUUUAUGAAAAUGAGUAAACAGAAUGACCAAUUUUGGUAAUUUUUAUUCAGGAUAACUUCAUGAUGAUGGAGGAUGCAGUGUUGUGUCUGACAUUCAGUCGAGAUAGUGAAAUGUUAGCCUCUGGUGGGCAGGAUGGAAAAAUCAAGGUUUGUCUUUUAGACUCUCACGAGUCACGAUGAAAUAGAAAUUUUAAGUUUUAAACAAAUAAAACAAAACUACUUCCGUCAUUUCUGUUCUGCAUGGUCACCACCACAUUGAAAAGAAUUUGCAUAAUUCCUGACCGCGUAGCUCAGUUGGAAGAGCAUUGGGCUAGUAUCGAAAGGUCGUAGGUUCGAAUCCCACCGUGGCCGGGCAUAUUUUUCAAGCUCGCCCGGUGUGGAUAUACACUCAGAGUAACAUCACAAAUAUCAUAUUCACCUGAGUACACAACACCAACACAGAAAAAUAAUCAUAUUACUAGAAUACAUUGGUAUCGAAGGAACUAGAUUCUGUUCCGAAAUAUCACUUACUCGAACCGUCGUGACCGCGUAGCUCAGUUGGAAGAGCAUUGGGCUAGUAUCCAAAGGUCGUAGGUUCGAAUCCCACCGUGGCCGGGCAUAUUUUUCAAGCUCGCCCGGUGUGGAUAUACACUCAGAGUAACAUCACAAAUAUCAUUUAGAGAAGUUAUAACGAAAUUACUGUUGCAUUUCAAGCACUUGUUGCUGACGCAGCGAGCGAGCCUGAAGCGAGCGAGCAAGUCAGCAAUUCUAAUUCGUAUUGGGGUCUGAAAGUAAGAUUUUACUUCCGUUUCUCCGACCAGAAUGCACUGCUGUUAACCGACCAGAAUGCAUUGCUGUUAACCGACCAGAAUGCUUUGCAUGCAUGAUGCUAUAAAUACGGGGGAAUCUCAUUAGUCAGUUUAUAACGAUGCAGUUCUUCUGGUGUAUUUUGUAUUCAUUGUAUGGUCUGUUGAUUUCUGGCUGGUCUUACACUAUAUAUACUGAAUUUGUUUAUUACAAACAAUUUAUAACGCUUAGAAAGGGAAUUUAUGCGUCUUUUCUUAUUUCAUUUAGCACUUAGGUCUUAGUCUUGUGUUUGCACGUCUGAAAGCGUUCAUUUCAAGCAUUAAAAGCGAACCAAUUUCAUCUCGAUUGUUGUCCAUCAGUUUCACUUUGCUAUCAUUUAAACAGGGUUUAGUUUGUAGACCUUUUGUUUGAAUAUGAUUUGACUAUAAGGUACACGGAGACAUGACAUCAACAGUCCGACAACUGCCAACUAUAUGUUUAUAAUUAUAGCAUGGCGUUUUAAUUUAAAAGAACGAUUCUUUGCGUGCUCUUUCAUGGGUUAAUUAAAAUAAUGUACUUUGCCUGCCAAAAAGCAUACUGCUACACUGUAUACACAACAUAUAUAAUUUAAUUUAAUUUAAGCAUGUGCAUUGUUUAAGCAUGCAACGCAAGCAGGAGCAAGUCAGUAGGAUCUUGCAUGGGAUUGAAGAUAAUGUGCACUGAAUAUUUUUUUAUAAUUGAUCAUGCUUUUGUUAUGUUAGGCAUGUGUCGAAGCAUUAAAAACAAUGUCCUCAACUCUACAGGGUGUAUAAAAAAAACUGACCUGCAAACCUUUGAUAUACAGGGUGAGUAAAAAAAAAACUGACACCUAUGCGGCUAAUUUGAAUAUCAAAGGUAUCAGGGUUUUUUUCCUCACCCUGUAUACUGUAGUACAAUGUUUUUAGAAUUUGCAUGAUUUAGAACUAAUUGAUCCCAAGCGUGCGUAAACACAAUAGUUAUCUGCUUUACAAAUAACUUUGUGUUAUUCUAAUCUCUAUCAACGGGGUUAAUUAUAUACAGGGUGUCCCCAAAAAAGUGACACUAUAGAAAUUAUUCCAUUGUUAUAAUUUGAAUGCCCUAGCACUAAGUUGAUCCCACAGGUGCAUAAACUUCUGCUUCUGGAAUUUAAAAUAAAAAAGCAAACCGUUUAUUAGUGUAAUCGUUUUGCUUGACUCGGGCGUUAAAAUAUUUGGACAAAGCGAAAACGUUUUAAAAUGCUUAAAUGUAAAUACAAGUUCAUUAAAUUCCCAGGCGUGUAAUCACGCGCGUUUAAGAGCGGCUUAAGAACAAUGAGAUAAUUUCUAUAGUGUCACUUUUUUUUGUGACACCCUGUACAGGGUGUAUUAAAAAAAAACGCAACCUCGGAAUUUCCUAAGAAAUCACUUUGCAAUUCUUAAGCAUAAAAGAUUUUAGGCCCUUGGGAAUUGAAAUCGAAUUGCUAAUAGAUCAUAUUACUGUUAUUGUGCAUUAAAUAAAUGCAUAAAUUUUGCUUUAUGCACUCGCGUGUGCAGUAAUUUUGACAGUUGUGCUAUUUUAAAUUCCCAGGCGCCUAAAAUCUUUUGUCUUUAAAACAAUGUCGAUUUCUUGGGAAAUUCCGAGUUUGCGGGGUUUUUUAUACACUCUGUAUAAGUAGCACCGAGAUUGAAAUGCUAGUAGGCAGCAGAAUUAUGCAAAUUAUAGUGUUUGCAGGUUUUUUGAUACACCCUGUAGUUUUCGAAGUAACGUGGCUUAAUUUGACGUCCUUAAUUGGAGUGCAAGUUUUGCUCCAUGACCAUGUUGUUCGGUAUUCACGGCAGUUCUUAAACGACUUCGCUUCAAUAAAAUCAAAAGAAACUAAGAAAGGCAAUUUGGCGAAGAAGUAUAUUCAAGCGAAGUAAAAUAUCAGCUGAGUACUUUACUUUACUCUUUCUUUAGCCUGGUUCACAUAUGCCUGCCGUAUGUCUGCGCUAUCAUUGUUCACACCUUUUCAGAGCAGUUGUUGAUGCAUACAUUAUUUUGUGAACUAUUUGGUUGAAGUACUACAACGACAAUACUCAAUAGCCCGCCGACAUACCGCAGGUGUAUUAAAGUAGGUAUAUGUGAAGCGGUCUUUAAUGUUUAAGCCAUUUAAAAGUCCGUGCUUUAUCAGAUAAAACACUCGAGCUGCGCUCACGUGUUUUAUAUCUGAUAAAGCACUCUUGAUCGCGUUUUAAAUAGUACAUACCACACAGUCGCACUCACUGUACAGUUGUGGUCUUGUGAUAAUUUGAAGUAAUGUUUGUGGUCUUUAAUAGAGAUCGUUGGUGUGUAAUUAAAAAUCUGUGUGCUCUUAAAAUAAUUAUUGGCUGAUAUUGUGGUCUAAUGAAAAGGUUCCAAAAAUGGGUACACGUACACACAUACUAUAAUUGUCGUUUUGAUGUCACAAAUAUUAGAGUAACGGUAGGAUAGAAAGAUUAAAAAAUAGUGUAUGGUUAGAUUCUCAUGUUUCGCGCACAAUAAAGCUAGGGUUAGAAACAAGGUUUAUUCAUAUUUACAAUAAUGACGUCACAACGAUUAAGUUAAUGUUGAGGUUACAGUUACGAUUGGUUAGGAGCUUACGAGAUUGUAUUUAAACUGGGGUAAGUUGUUAAUGUGGAAAGAUGAGGCCGUUUUUUAUAUAUCGUCAAAUUGAGGAGCAAGUCAGCAUACUACUGAUAAGUAUACUAGUUAUUAUAUGAUAUGCCCCCCUGCAACAUCAAUACACGUGCAUAAUACACGUGCUCUCAUAUCAUAGAAUACAUAUUAUCAUUUUAGAAUGGCGGACAUGGACGAGCGGUGACUUUUGAGCGGUGGUGUGAAAUCGUGUAGACUAGAGUGUAUUACAACUGAGGUUGAUAGUAUUAUAGCACAGUGCUUUAUCUAUCAAAGAUACGGAGCGAUGUAUACAUGAAUAGAUGCCAGUGGAUAGUUUUGAUAUAAAAUUAUAAGUCAGCAGCUGAAUUAUAUCAGCGAGCUUAUUCUUGUAUUAUUAUAUCGCGAUAUAACCCGUGGAAAGGAGAGACCGCUCGCAGUCUAUACCAGCUAGCUUAUUCUUGUAUUAUUAUAUCGCGAUAGAGCAAGGUUUACAUGGCCCAAUAAAUAGUAAAUAAUAAAAUAAGAUUGAAAUUUUGCUCCAGAGGUAACAUGCCAGCCAAGCCGGCGAGAGCCAGCUAGUGAACUAUAAAUGUCUGUAUAUAAACUAUCGAGUGUUUGUGGUGAAGUAUAAUAUUUUUAAUAGCAGAAAUUUCUGUACUCGGUGACAGCGUAAUCUGUAGUCAGUAAUGUCAGUUCGUAUUGUUUCCGAGACGUUUUAUAAAAUCAGUCAUUCCAAGCUUUUAUCAAACUAUUGGUAUUUCUCACUUUAAUAUGCAGUUAUGGCAAUUUCAUUGAUAAACUGUAAAAUAUUGUAUUGGCAUGUACUAAAAGGCGAAACGUCUAUCUACGCAGAAUAUUCAUCAUACUGUAUAUUCUAGCAUGCCCAACCCAGACUGCCCCUUUUAUAUAAAUAUAGUCUAAAUAUUCGACAAAGUAUAUAAGUGAGAGUGCUGUGUUAUUUGACAAAAAAGUUACGCAAGCAAGUGUCGACACAAAUACAAAGUUGUAAAUUCGGGUUGACUGACUUUUAAUGGCUAACGCGCCACCAGUAGAUCUUUCAACCUACGAAUUUGCCCACUGGAAGAGCAGCCAGAGACCACGUUAUAAAAAAGGACCAUGCCAGCCAACCGACGUAGAUUAUCCAAAAGACAGAUUUAAUCGAAAAUUUCUCUCAUCGUGCAUGAGUAUUCAACGUCAUCUGAUAUAGCGUUUUGUUUCUACUGCCGAGUUUUCAACGGACAGGUAUAGAACACAUCGUAUAUAUAGAGUAAACACGUCUGGCGAUAUUUACAUUUGAAACAACUGAUCGUUAGAGUCAAUGAUAAAAGAUAAUUAUUUUGUAUAUUAUACAACCUCUAAAACUAUUAUAUCAUUUAUUUAUUUGUAGGUCUCGUUCAAAGGAGAGCCCGCAUUCAUCAAAACUGGAUUUAAUAACUGGAAGAAAAGUGAGGCUUUUAAGAAAGACGAAAGUUCCGAGUGCCACAAGAACUCUCUCCAGUCGUUUCGCAUUUGGAAAAGCCACAAACCGGUAGAUCAUCAACUUAGCGAAGAUGCAGAGAGACAAGAGUCUUACCAUCAGCUAUAA